UGGACUAUAAUAAACAGUCUCGGUUACUCCAGUCAGUAGUGCCCGGGAGAUAACUCUGUGGGGAAAAGUGUUUCGUGAAGACAGGUGAACGAAAGAAAGUUGCCAGUAUCGUAAACAGUUAACAAGAAAGAAACAUUAAACAUGACGGAGGUAUCAGAAAAUCAAGUUAGAGAUUCGGUGAAAGAUUAUUACGGUAAAACAUUAAAAACUUCUGAUGAUUUACAGACGCCAGCUUGUUCGACAGGUGCCAGUCGGAUGUCAAAAUCCGUGAAGAAGGCUUUAGGUGAAGUUCAUGAUGAAGUUACAAUGAAAUAUUAUGGAUGUGGUUUAGUAAUACCAGAGAAAGUGGAAGGAACAAGAAUAUUAGAUUUAGGUAGUGGAAGUGGUCGAGAUUGUUUCGCUUUAAGUAAACUGGUUGGUGAAGAUGGUGCUAUUGUAGGAUUAGACAUGACAGAUGAACAGUUGGCUGUAUCGAGAAAGUAUAUUGACUACCAUCGUGAAAAGUUUGGUUAUAAGAAAGCGAAUACAGAAUUUGUGAAAGGUUAUAUAGAAAAGAUAGUUGAAGCUGGUUUAAAAGAGGAAACUUUUGAUAUUAUUGUAUCCAACUGUGUUGUGAAUUUGUCUCCUGACAAGAAAGCAGUGUUAUCAGAUGCUUAUAAAGUAUUGAAGGUUGGAGGAGAGUUGUAUUUCAGUGAUAUUUAUGCUGAUCAUGAUGUACCUGAAUCGGCCAGAAAACAUGAAGUACUCUGGGGUGAAUGUAUAUCCGGUGCUCUAUGGUGGAAGGAGUUAUAUAGAUUAGCUGAAGAAAUUGGUUUUAGUCAGCCUAGACUAGUAGCAGCUACACCAGUACCCAUAGAACGAGAAGAUUUUAAAAAAGUUUUAGGUGAUGCAAAAUUUGCCUCAGUAACCUACAGAUUAUUCAAAUUACCUGAGAAACGAGAAGCAGCAAGACAAGUUAUAUAUAACGGUGAUAUUACAGAUCAUGAAAAAGAACUGAAAUUUGACUUCAAACAUUCUUUUAAGACCGGAGAACCAGUUGCUGUAGAUGAAGAAUUGAGCACUAUUUUAACUGCUUCAAGAUUUAAAGAUGAAUUUGAUUUCCAACCAUGUUCUGCCAGUAAAACUGGAUGUUGUCCUAACAAAGUUGAUAUGGUUAAAGAUCCAUUUGUUUAUAUGACUGAAUUAGAAUCUAGUGGAGAGACUCUUGCACCAGCGUGUUGUCCUACUUCAGAUAAAAAAUGCUGCUAGCUAAUUAUAUAUAGGUUUACACAUUUAACUCAUAAAUUUCAUCCACACAAAAUGUGCUUCAUUAAUUCAGAUUUGGUGGUGAUGGCCCUAAAUUACUUACUUCAAUUUAUGAUGUUCGUAAUAAAUACUAAUGUUGGUAAUAAAUACUAAAGUUGGUUAUAAAUACAAAUGUUGGUAAUAAAUACUAAAGUUGGUAAUGGAUACUAAAGUUGGCAAUAAAUACCAAUGUUGGUAAUAAAUACUAAUGUUGGUAAUGAAUACUAAAGUUGGUAAUAAAUACUAAAGUUGGUAAUAAAUACAAAUGUUGGUAAUAGAUAAUAAUGUUGGUAAUAGAUACUAAAGUUGGUAAUAGAUACUAAAGUUGGUAAUGAAUACUAAAGUUGGUAAUAAAUACUAAAGUUGGUAAUAAAUACUAAAGUUGGUGAUAGAUACUAAUGUUGGUAAUAAAUACAAAUGUUGGUAAUAGAUACUAAAGUUGGUAAUAGAUACUAAUGUUGGUAAUGAAUACUAAAGUUGGUAAUAAAUACUUCAAGUUGGUAAUAAAUACUAAAGUUGGUAAUAAAUACUAAAGUUGGUAAUACAAUCAUUCUGAUUAAAACACAGAUCCUAUUUGGUUUUGUUUUUUAUAUUUCAAUUUUUCGUUUUACUUGCGUUUGUCCAGAACUGUGGUUAAACCACUAGAAAUGUCAACGCUGAUUGAUUAAUCAAUGUCUGAUGUCAUAGGGUCAAAAGCUGCUCGAACGACCCCUGAAACGACCUUCGAGUACAACUUGUCAGAUCUUCAUGUAGCUUAGACCAUUGAAAGUAUAAAAAGACGAAACGAAAUAUAGAUCUGUAUUUCAAUCAGAUUGUAAUAAAAUAACACAAAUUUGUUUUAAAAUUUGUAGUUUGUGAUAUAUUUAGUUACAACCAGAACAGCAUAAUGGUCAACAUUAUUUUUAAAAUUAACUUCCAAACUGCUCCAUAUUUUGUUUUGUGUAUUUACAAAUUGUUACAAACUUUUCAAUUUUAAUAAAAAAAUCUUCUAUACUAGAAA